GUCAUUUUAAGUUUUUAGAUCGGUUUAUUUAUUAAAAUUUUAAUUAAACUAUCAUCGAAUAUAAAAUUUCGCUAUUCGAUUUCGUUGACUUACUAUUCUGCCGAAGGAAGAAGAAGCAAUUGAGUUUUUCUUUUAUGAAAAACGUGAAUUUCUAUCAAAACGUAUUUACGAAUUAUUUAGGCUAUUUCUGUUUAAAGAAUGUUCGUAGAAGGGAAAACCACCAUCUGUACACCCACUCCAUGUGCAUUAAAAUUUAGGCACUUUCUAACAGCAUCUGUUAAUCCUGGUGAUAACGAUUUAAACGAUCAAAAUGAAGCUUACCGACCUAAACAUUGACUGCCUUUUGCGAAUUUUUAAAUAUUUGUCGGAAUCUGAGCUUGUCAUCUUGUGCCAGGCUAACAACUAUAUUGGCACUGUUAUCGAUCAAAACAUCUUCUAUGCCAUGACAAAGGAUCUGCUUCUUUGUGGACAUAGGAAUAGACCAUGUGUCGAGAAUAGAAAUCCAACACAGCUGACCUACUUUCGGCGCUUGCAAGUGGCGCGUAAUUGGCUUAAGGGUGCAUAUGUGGAGCGACAUUAUUACCACCAUGCCCAGAUGUUCGCCUCCAAGUUGUGCCUGGACUCUGACGCUUUGUACAUAACGCAUGCGAACUAUUUGCGUAAAUAUCUUCGGGCUGGUGCCGAGGCACUGCAGCGUCGCUACGACGAGGAGAUCAGCACACCCACCAUAUCCGAUAUCUCAGAUUUCGUCAAGAAGCACGACACCAUUUUCGCGGGUCGAGUCUGUGGCACAUGCUUUGUGAGCGAUGCGGAUGGCAUCACGGAGCAGCCCAUGCAUCGUGCCAGGGAAUAUCUGUAUUGCGUUGACUUUGUGGACGACGUCUUUGUGACCAGCACAGACACUUGCUGCAAGCUAUGGAAACGCUCUAAGGAGUUUGGACUGACACACUUUGAUCUGUUCAUGCAGCUACAGCAUUCGUUCAAAUCAACGAAACUCAGCGCCGAUUCCCAGUGGCUCUACGGCGGUCUAUAUACGGACAAAGGACGCAGAGCAUUGCGUGCCAUUCAUGUGGAGAGUGGGGAGGAGUUGGUUUUUAACUCGAACAGCAUUUCCAUAUACGACCUCAAAAUAAAAGAUGAUCAUGUUCUAUUCACUGCCAACUUCGAUACCACAUUCCGCAUGUUCGAUCGGCGCACGGAUCGUGAUGUCUCAAUUUGGGAGGAUCCUUUCGACUCGUCUAUCUACUGUCUGGAGUACGAUGGCCUCUACGGAGUGCUGUGCGGCACAAAGCAUCACAAUCGAGUUAAUCUGUACGACAUUCGCGUGCCCAGGAAAUACAUACAAUUGUAUUUUCCGGGACGCACACGUCAAUCCUACAGGGGCUCGCCCGUUUAUAGCCUUGCCUGCGACAGUCAGUAUAUGUUUAUCGCAACUGAUCACAAUUUACGUGUGUUCGACUUCACAACCAGCUACAGCGUCCAAAGGGAUUACAGCAAUUUCUAUGAACUCCAAAGAUAAAACAAAUUUGUAAUGAAUAAUUUGCGUGCAUGCAACAAAGAUUAAGGAUGUUGAUAAUUAGAUUGCCAAUAUUGAUCAUUAAAUGAGUUGUUAAUUCAAUUUGUUAGCAUUUGAUUUUACAUAUGCAUUAAACUUCUUCAUUCAAAUAUUGAGCUUUAUUUAUAAAUUACUUUAUGACCAGCAAUUAAAUAUCUGUUCUUAUACCCAGCUGAUUAAGAUAAUAGAUUUAU